AUGCUGAAAAGCACGCCCUGCUUUGAGCCUUGCCAAAACGACGGCCUGAAGCUGCUGACUGUCUGUCGUGUGGAUGAAAUUGCGAUUUCGGUCAGCCGCAUCGAAGCAGAUGCUGAAGAGUGGAACGGCGUGAUCGGAAAAACCGGCCCUACGGACCUCAACGAUAACGGUAUGAAGCUGUUGCGGUUUUGUGCAAACGAUGGAUUGUCCAUUAUGCUUACUUUCGUUGAACAUCGAAGAGUGCAUCAGUAUAGCUGACGCUCAGAAAUGGAUGUUACGAGAGGCGCAGAGCUAUCGACCAAUCAUCACCUUGUUGUUGGCACGCUGCGCUGUAAAAAAUGGAGUACCAAACGAAGAUCUGGUGGAUCCGGUGGCAGAAGCAACCUGAGAAUCAAAUGGGAAGCAUUACCUUUGGUGGACACGAGAGCGAAAUUUGCAAACAACAUCGCACGACAGUUUGAACAGAUCCCAGUGAUGAAAACUGAUGUAGAAACCAAGUGGCAGCUGUUUAAGAGAGGCCUACUCGAGGCUGCCACCGAAUGCUGCGGAUAUAAACGGGUUGACCUGCCGCCUGGAGGUCAGCAAAGAUCUUCAUGGAGGACAGGAGAGGUACAACUGGCAGUUAAAGAGAAGAAAGCAGCGUUCAAGAAAUAG